UGCUGUAACUACCACUUUAAAUGCUGUGUACGUUGUGUUUCUAUUGGCUGCAGAGCCAAUUCCCCUCGUCCAAUCGAAGAUGGUGUGCAUUACAACCGGAAUUAUCGUCUCUUCGUUCACUGCAAGCUAUAAAUAAGUAUAUUUUCAUGUUUCCAACAGUGUCGCAACUGUGUUAACAUGUAGAACAUUGGACGAAUUGAAGAAAGCAAAUAAGCUAGCACGUUAAUGCGUGCGAGUAUUCACGUUCUCUACAUGACUGGGUUUGACCUGCCAGUAAAUGGAAGACGCGCUAGCUCGUAAAGAGUGGGGAGACGCUGUUGUGUCCCAGUGUCCAGGUAGACAUGAGGAGUGCAACGAGGAGAUGGGGGCCAUGUUGUGGUCAGUCCAGGAGGCUGUUCAGAGGCAGACCCUGCAGAUUGGAGUGUCUGCAUGUGGAGCCACUGCUGUUGUAGAUGUGCUACAGGCCCUGGGCUGCACUGUGGUGCCUGAGACAGCUGACCAGUGUGUGAGGACGUGUCUGAGGAGGAACGAGGCCCCGCUGCCAGACUACCUGCACUCCAGGAGCCAAGCGGGGGCUACGCAUUCCCAGCUGAUCGAUGGGGCAGAGCAAGCCAGCGGAGGCCGUGUCAUGGGUAGGUUCUACCACCUCCACCCUCGCAGGCACGUGAGGCUUGUGCCCUGGCUGGCACAGUGGAUCCGCAGGGGAGCUGUCCCUGUGGCCACCAUGAACAUGCAGAAGGCUGUGCCUGAGGGGGAAGAGAUCCCAGACGCCUGGCAUCACCAGCUCAUAUUUGGGGUUGGACCCAAUGCUGUCUACAUGACCAAUCCAUUAGAUGUGGUGAGUGAGAGGGAGGUGCAUCAGCGACUCUGCAGUGAAUCGGUGUUGCUGAUUCGUCGGGAGGACGUCAUGCAGAGAUUAACAGCCGACACCCUCCUGUCCAGCAUAUCAGAAGGCCAGUGUGACCCACGCUGGAGAACAAUGGACGUGGAGGGCCAGGUGAAGCAGAUGACCUGUGAGGAAGACCACUGUGACGCUCAGCCCAGGAUGACCCACGUCAGCAUCCCUGCAGCGUACAGCUCAGGGGUCACGUUGUUCGCCCUCCAAAGUUCUGCCCUGGGACAGGAGCUUCUCCACACCCCUGAUCUCCCUUUGUUGUGACUGGAAAGCCAUUUCACCUAAAACCACCAAACUACGGAGUCGGGGCUGAGCGGUGAGGGAGUCGGGCUAGUAAUCCGAAGGUUGCCAGUUCGAUUCCCGGUCAUGCCAACUGACGUUGUGUCCUUGGGCAAGGCACUUCACCCUACUUGCCUCGGGGGAAUGUCCCUGUACUUACUGUAAGUCGCUCUGGAUAAGAGCGUCUGCUAAAUGACUAAAUGUAAAAUGUAAAUGUAAACUCCGCCCCCCUUGACAAUAGAAUAGCCUAUUGGAUGGUUCUGUGUUCAAGUCCCCAUCCUGAUUAGGAACACUCCCAGAACCUCUGGUACAGUUUUAAGAUUAGACGCAGCUGUUUUAGUGUGUGGUCUGUUUUAAAGCAUUUGUCUUCAAGCAGGCCAUGUUUCCAAUCAUCCUUGUGGUGCAGCCUGCACUACUGUGGUUUCAGACUGCUGUCAUAUUAAGCUAAAUGAUGAUGGCAUCAUUGCAAUGAUGAUCAACUAGCUGUAAUACUGUAGGUACAGUAUACACCGUAACCAGAGUACGAUUAUCAGUUCUCAAGAUGAGUGGUCUGUUGUAGAAACACAUUUUAUGUGGUUUUUAAUGAAAUACAUUGUUUUAUGGAUUUAAAUAAAAUACCACAUGUGCUUUCAUAAACCUUUUUAAAUUAGUAUUUCAAUGAAAAGUCCAGUAAAACACCAACAUAAAAUUG